GACUCAUACGUCUACCUUCAUUUCAAAAACUUGGAUCGUCUGAUGAAUGUGGGACCACCCGUUUACUUUGUUGUAGAGGGAGAACUCGACAUGCAUACAAAGCAGAUACAAGACAAAUUCUGCACUAUUGGUGGAUGUUCCGAGAAUUCUGUGGGUGCAAUAUUGAACGAAGCAGCUGCGCAUUCUAAUAGGACGUACAUCAAGGGAACGGUGUUAAAUUGGGUUGAUAAUAUGAUACAGUGGCUCAACAAAGAGAGUGAUUGUUGCAAGGUGUACAAUUACGACAAAAAUGUUUUCUGCCCAAGUAAUAGGAAAGACUCUUACAACUGCUCUAGUUGCGAUCCUAAUCAGAGGAAUGGACGACCAACGGAAGAACCUUUCUACAAGCACUUGAAGGAUUUCAUGAAUGAUGUGCCUAAUGCAAACUGCAUUGUUGGAGGAAGAGCUGCUUUCAAGGAUGCUAUUCUUCUGAAUCCACGCGGUCACGUGCAGGCCUCACAUUUUAUGACUUACCAUACGCCGCUUCGCACUUCUCGGGAGUUCAUCUCUGCUCUAUUUCAUAACUAUAACCCAAUAUUUCUUCGAGAAUUUGCAGUAGCCAUGGAGGGUGCAAGAAAGGUUGCGCGGAAGAUCGAGCAAUCAUUCAGUGGAAAAGUGCACGUUUUCCCAUACAGUAUUUUCUACGUGUUCUACGAGCAGUACUCAACGAUCAUUUAUGACGCAAGUACUCAGAUCACUUUGUCCCUGGCGGUUGUUUAUGCUGUUACGUGUGUUUUACUGGGUCUCGAUCCUGUUAGUGCUUUCGUUACUGUAGUAAUCAUUGUAUGUAUCCUUGUUGAUAUGCUGGGUCUUAUGGUUCUGUGGAGCAUAGAUCUGAAUGCGAUAUCUGUUGCAAAUUUAGUGAUGUCGCUUGGUAUCUCUGUGGAAUUUAUCGUUCAUACUAUAAGGAUAUUUACACACUCGGUGCGACGAACGCGCAUAGAGAGGGCUGAAGAAGCACUUGCGCAAAUGGGAUCCACGGUUUUCUCCGGAAUUACACUUACAAUGCUGGGAGGAACGCUAGUGUUAGCAUUUGCACAUUCUCAGAUAUUCAAAGUCUUUUAUUUCCGCAUGUUUCUCGGCGUUGUGAUCAUUGGAGCUUUGCACGGUUUAGUAUUUCUCCCGGUUGUGCUUUCUUUCAUUGGUAAGUUUUCCACGAUCUUUGUUUUCAACCCGACGACCCGUUCUUAA